AUGGGGUCCGCGUUCGAACCCGCCAGCGCCUGGCCGUCAUCCACAACUGCCAUCAUCACCGCUACGGCCAUAGCCACCACAGCCUUCAUCGCCUUUGGCAAGGUUUCUCUUUGGCCUCGGAAAGAGAAGAUCCUGCCCAGCCCGCUCAAGACGCUGUCCCCAGCUGCCGUUGCCUCGUCCGAUACGUUCAACGACCUCGUCUACCAACCUGACCAGUUCCCCGGCGCAAGGGAUGUCGACACUCCGUAUGGCUCUACCCGUGUCUAUGAAUUUGGCCCAGAGGAUGGCGAGAAGGUCCUUUUCAUCCACGGCAUUAGCACCUCUUGUGUCACCCUCUGCCGCAUCGCUGAAGGCCUUGUUGAGAAGCACGGCUGCCGCGUGAUGUUGUUUGAUCUAUUCGGCCGUGGCUUUUCUGAUGGUGUAGGCGACCUCCCCUAUGAUGAACGCCUCUACCUCUCUCAAAUCCUCUUUGUGCUCGCCUCUAGCCCUCUCGCCUGGACCGGCAAGGAUGCUCGUCUCCGUGUCGUCGGGUACUCCCUUGGUGGCGGCAUCGCCGUUCACUUGGCCAACCAUCUGCCUCAUCUGGUAGACUCCCUCGUCUUACUUGCUCCUUCUGGCCUUAUUGACGCCCGGAGCUUUGGCGUCGUUUCUCGCUUCGUCUUCUCUUCUGGUUUAAUCCCGGAGCGCAUCCUGGCCGUCUUGACCCGGAGCCGACUACAGCAACCCAUUGCCGCCUCCAAGUCUCCACGCCACAGCUUGCCCGCCAGGCUCGAGACCAUCGCCAAGGCUGAAGCGGCUGACCCUCCAACUGGCGAGGAUGUAAGUCCCCUGGAGCACCGCGUCCUGAUGUACGUUCGUUGGAUGGUCCUAAACCACGUUGGAUUCGUCCCAUCCUUCAUGUCCAGCGUUCGGCACUCUCCCUUGACAGACCAGCACGACAGCUGGCGCCGCCUUGCUGACCGGAGACCCGGGAGCACCGCCAUCAUCCUCGCCAAGAGUGAUGAGAUCAUCGACAUCGACGACUACAAUCGCCAGGGCCCUUCAUUGAUCGGGGGCAAGGAGAAUGUUUUGUGGCGAGAACUUGAGGGCGGCCACGACUUCGUCAUGACACAUGCUCGGGACAUCCUCGAGGUCCUUGACGAAUUUUGGUAUCCCAACUCCUCUUCCUAA